AUGGCUCGAAAGUAUGAAGACAUUGAACGCGAGAUUCGCCGAAUUGAAGGACAACUUUUGGUCGCCAAACAAAUCUGCCGAGAAAACCUUAAAGAAAUAAACCAUCUGAAGAAACAACAAGAAAAUGAUUCGAUUCUCGAACAAACAAAUCAUCUUCUAUCACUGAAAUCUCUAAAUUCUCGUCAACAGGCUGAUCAGUUCAACGAUUUACUUCGUCUAGUUUAUGAACAACAAGCAAAUUCACUUGAAAAGACUAUACAAGCUGAAGAAAAAAAUGCAGACGAAAAUGCCUUGCUAGUUGAUCUGUCGUCGAAUAUCACUGAGCUGGAAUCAUUAUUUGAUUAUGCGAAAACUCUCCUCACUCAACCGGUUACAUCGAUCCAUAUGCUCAACAAUACUCUCCCAUUACACGAUAUUACUACAGAUCUCUCCACCACCCGUCGUUUAUCAACAAAUUCUAUUCAAAUCACUGAUCUUCAACAACGCGUAGAUCUCAUGCAUCAACGACUAACAAAUCUCGAUCAAUGCGAUGAUUGCUUAAUACAUUUUUUUUACCUUUGCGCUUUCUCAAUGUCUGACUACCAAAAUAUUGACUGGCAAAAAUCCAUGACAUUCGCAUUUACAAGCGGCGGUUUAUUCGGCUAUUUACUUCGUUCGAUAAGACCAAUAGCGAUCUUCACAUCCGUUGCAGCUGGUGCUGCACUUGGUUCUUUAGUUACAUACAGGUAUCUCGAUACAGAACAACGAUUACUGCCAGACAUGAACGAUGUACAAGCGAAUCAGCCAGGACAUUUUGAAUAUUUUCAAGAAUAA